ACCGUUCCGUUAAAGUAGUCACUAUUUCGUCGCUAGAAAGGUCUCAUUGCAAGUUGAAACUGAAAAUGGGAGCGCAUUUUCCAAAAAUAUCGAAGAUUAUGAGAAUUUAUUAACCCAGGAUUUUGUUUUCUUUUUUUCUCAUGGUCAAAUCAUCAUCAUAAUAACAUUAGAUCGAGGUGGCCAUCAAAAGUGAGGAACUAUGACCCAGUUUUGCCCCAGAAUGGCUAGACACAACUUUAGGCACAGACUUCAGCGUCGCGUUUUGGUUUUGCGACGCUGCUUUUGUUGUUUUUGGGACAGACUUCUCAUGUGUUCCCCCGGGAAACCUAUUAGGUAUCGUAUGUUAUCGCGUGCUCCCACCCCCGCCGUUCCUUCUGCCGCCGCUGACGGCAGUAUUGUAGCUUCUUCCAGGAACCUCACGCCCUCGCCUUUCUGUCAUCCUAAGGACUCCGAUUUGGUUCCUUUGAAGAUCAGUCUCUUGGGUGAUCCUCAAAUUGGAAAAACUAGUUUUCUGGCGAAAUAUAUUGGGGAUGAGAAAGAUGAACAGGGAGAAGACCAUCAGGAGAAAGGAUUGAAUUUGAUGGAUAAAACAUUUGUCGUAGAAGGAGCCAGAAUAUAUUACAGCAUCUGGGAAGUUGAUGGAGCUGAGAAAUCUCCGGAUCAUAUUCCAAAGGCUUGCCAAGACUCUGUAGCAAUUCUAUUCAUGUUUGAUCUAACAAGCAGAUGUACUCUAAACAAUGUCAUAAGCUGGUAUCAAGAAGCAAGGAAAUGGAAUCAGACAGCAAUACCAAUUUUAAUAGGAACCAAAUUUGAUGAAUUCAUCCAACUUCCCAUUGAUUUGCAGUGGACGAUAGCCAGUCAGGCAAGAGCAUAUGCAAAGGCCAUAAAUGCUACACUAUUCUUUUCAAGUGCUACAUACAACAUCAAUGUAAACAAGAUCUUCAAAUUCGUUACUGCCAAGUUAUUUGAUCUGCCAUGGACAGUAGAACGCAAUCUUACCAUUGGAGAACCCAUCAUUGAUUUCUAAAUUUUCAUUCUGUACACACACAAAAGAAAAAAAAGCUGCCCAAAUUUCCAAAGAGAUUGAUCCUUGGCCAACCAGUCACCAGAUUUGAAGUAAUUAUGGUCUAGUGAUGAUUCGAGUUGUUUAACGGAGCAGUACUGUUGGAGACCCCAUAUUCUCCACAGUUAUGAUAGGAGAAGUUAAAAUGUAAGAAGCUGCAAGGAACUAAGCAUAUUUAACGAAGUCUUUGUAUUUAUGUAACCUGCAUCAUACAUAGUUAUACCAUUGUUGAUACCCCGCAGGCAAGUUCAAGUUGUCGUAAUAUAAUGAUAUUUAGUUCGACCCUCCCAAAAAAUAAUGAUAUUUAGCAAGUUUUGAGUACAAA